UAUCUCUGUUAACAGGAGACACAGACAGAAACAGAAACACACACAUAUACACACAGCUUUAGAGUUCAGUUUCAACUUUAAAAGUUGAAGUUCCAACCUUAAUUAAUAUCUGAGUUAAAAAAGCCGUCUGCAAUUAAAUGGGGAACAUCCAUGGCCAUCGCAAACACCGUAACAGCUCUCAUCAAAAUAAACCGCCUUCAAAUUCACAGCCCUUUAAAUAUGGUCCGUCCGAUCAAGCUCCACAAGUCCCCAGCUCCACCAAGCCUAAGCCCAAAACCAACAUGGUCUCCUUGCCUUACGGUCAUGUGGACUCGACCCUACGAGCCCUCGCCGGCCAAGCCGAGGGGUUCGGCCACCGCGCCAUCGGUGGGCUCCACGGUUCUCUUUACCAUGUCACCACCUUAGCAGAUGAUGGGCCAGGAUCACUUCGUGAAGGAUGUCGUAAUAAAGAACCACUAUGGAUUGUGUUUGAAGUUUUAGGCACCAUUCAUCUCUCUUCUUACUUGAAUGUGUCGUCUUAUAAGACCAUUGAUGGCCGAGGCCAAAGGAUUAAACUCACUGGGAAAGGUUUGAGGCUGAAGGAGUGUGAACAUGUAAUUAUAUGCAAUCUGGAGUUUGAAGGUGGUAGAGGUCCUGAUGUUGAUGCCAUCCAAAUCAAACCUAAUUCAAAACAUAUAUGGAUAGACCGCUGCACCCUUCGUGACUAUGAUGAUGGACUGAUAGAUAUCACUAGGGAAAGCACAGAUAUUACUGUUUCUAGGUGUCACUUUUUACAACAUGACAAGACAAUGCUCAUUGGAGCAGACCCUUCUCAUAUUGGUGACAGAUGCAUUCGAGUGACCAUUCACCAUUGUUUUUUUGAUGGGACCAAACAGCGGCAUCCUCGAGUUAGAUAUGGGAAAGUGCAUCUUUACAACAAUUAUACCAGAAACUGGGGCAUUUAUGCUGUUUGUGCCAGUGUGGAAUCACAGAUAUACUCCCAAUGCAAUAUAUAUGAAGCAGGACAAAAGAGGGUUGCAUUUAAAUAUCUCACAGAGAAGGCAACUGACAGGGAGGAGGCAACAACUGGCUGCAUAAACUCUGAAGGGGAUUUAUUCAUAAGUGCAACUCAAGCGGGGCUAAUGACCAAGGAUACUGCGCACAAAAUGUUUCAUCCUAGCGAACACUACCCUAUAUGGACAGUGGAACCUCCCACGGAUGAUCUUAAGCAAGUUCUCCAGCAUUGCACAGGAUGGCAGUCUGUUCCACGACCUGGAGAUCAGAGGGCGGUAGCAUAGUAUCUUGAUAACUACAUAUAUAAUCUCUAAUUAGUAAUUUUGACUAUGAUGUUUAUUUCAACAAAAUACCUCUUCCCGUGUGUAAAAGGCAACCAGUGAGUUUUCCUUUUAAGCAAGGAUGAAAUAAAUAAGAUUUCUGUUUUGAUGU